AUGGAGGCAGAUGACUCGAUAUACAAUGUCAAUGUGUUCAGUACAGAUGACCUAUGGCGACAGCCUACUUCUUUUGAAGAUGCCGACACGCGCGAGUCUUUCCUGUUUGCCCCGCUGGAGCUAGAUAUCUCAUCAAUCAAGUUCGACCACCCCUAUGCCCCAAAACACACUCUCGAACGCGAACUGCGACUUCCCGACUUAGAUACAUUUGAGUUUGGGCCCCUACCCGACCUUGAGAGUCUUGAUGGGUCCACCAUUUCCAUCGACACUCUUCCGCUAGAGCCCGAGGAAGACGUCUGGGAGACAGCUCGUAAACAAGGGCCUGCAAACAAACAUGUCUUGUUUUACACAUGGCAAUCUUUCGAAAAGGGUGAACAUUUAGACAGCCCCACGCCAUUCUUGACUGAGCGGGGUCCCGAAGUCUUCGAUGCGACACUGGUACGCCAUGAGGAAUCCGAUAAUGACAAGCCCCGUGCUGGCCGAAUACUCAAAGGACACGUGCUCUUGCAAUCACUCUGGAAUCUCGGUUUGGCUCGCUCUUCUAUACUCUUUCGUUUCAAUCCCAAGCUGAAGACAUUUGAGUCCGCGGUACCGGAUGGACGAGCAUCGGGUCUGACUCUACUCGCCGCCCAGAGCUUGACCAUGUACUUUAUACACAUCGGCAGCACUUUUCUGUAUCUACGCUCCUUUGCAGAGCGAACCUUUUCCUCGGCUACAGCUAUUGCUGCCAAGGUUGCAUUGGCUACUUCGGUGUCAAGCGUCUUGUCCAGCUUGGAAGACACACUGGGGAAACAGUCUGCAGAGAUACGCUCUCUUUUGCAGUUACAGCAUCAGUUUGCACGGCCCCGUGAGAUCCUGAUGCAUGUUGCUCGUAUGGUGGAUGCUGCCAAACAUGCCAAAACCAAUGAGCAACUCUCUUCCAUUCUGCAUCAUCGUCUCCUAGAGCUGGAAGAAGGAGAUGAGCAUCUCCGUCAAUUAUCAUGCCAAGUGCUUUGUCAGGUUGCCAGGCCCAGCCUAGAGUUGCUUGGUGAGUGGAUGGGAAUACGAAAAGAAGACGAAUCUGCGCCUAUCUGGCAAAGGAAUAGUUUCGUGGCGGUCGAAGACCCUACGGUCGACCCUCCCUCAUUCGAAUAUUCCUAUAAGUCCGAAAUGAUGCCUAGAUUUAUCUCUCCGGAAGAUGGAAAUACGAUAUUUGAGACUGGCAACAGUCUUCGUUUCUUGAAGACGCAACAUCCACAGCAUCCAUUGGCUCGUCUGGAUGGAUUGGCUGUUCAGCCUCCAGAUAUGGAGUGGGGCUUUGCAUGGCAGGACAUUGAGACAUUGUCUUCCAAAGCAAAAGCUUACGAGGAAAGGUUGAGGCGGGCACUGCUGGCCUACAGUGCACGUACAACCGACGUUGCUGAUGCUCUCCCUAUGCCAUCUGUACCAGAGCCUGUGUCAGAGCUUCCAGUUGAAACUCAGCAUCUUGAUCGUUACUUUGAGGAUUCCAUUGAGAGCAUGAAUGCGCCACCCAAGUGGGCCGCACAAACUUUACCAGAUGAGCUUCAGCUUCUGGUGGGAAGCAUACUAAACACCACAGAAGAGAAAAAUGCCCCUUUCAACACAUUCUCUCCGCCCAUGUCACUGGCAUCCACUCUCUCAUUUCGUCCACUCAUCACUGCACAGGCGAAGCUAGUCAAUGCAGCUACCGUCCGUCUAUUCUUCCGCUCGCAUCAAUUACGGCUCCAUCUUUCGCUUCAACGGCAAUACCACCUUCUCGGCGACGGCGUAUUCUCCUCGCUAUUAGCAACCGCUCUGUUUGACCCCAAUCGGGAGAGCGCCGAACGCCACAAAGGAAGGAUGCGUAGCGGAGUACAAAUGGGUCUUCAGCUAGGCUCCCGAAAAUCAUGGCCACCAGCAAGCUCAGAGCUUCGACUCGCCCUCCGAGGCGUCCUCAGCGAAAGCUACUAUUCCUCGGCCCUCUACCAGACCACGUUAACAGCCGGCGUCGCCAAACCACCAAGUACUCCCCUUCUAAACAGCAGAGACAACGACGAACUCCCCGGUCAACUCAACUUCGCCAUCCGCAACCUCACUGAAGCCGAACAAGAAAAAGUAAUGGACCCAGACGCCCUCCAUGCCCUAGACUUCCUCCGCCUCCAAUACGUUGCCCCCACACCCCUGAACCUCGUCAUCACAACCUCCGCCCUCGAUAAAUACGACUACAUAUUUAAAUUCCUCCUCCGCCUCCUCCGCAUGCUCUUCGUAGUCGCUCACCUCCCUCGCUCAUACACCGACACGGCGUCCCGCCAAUUCAGAGCAGAAGCCUACCACUUCGUCAUCACGCUCACAAACUACGUUUUUCAAACCGGCAUCGCGGAACCAUGGGCGGACUUUGACGCCUUUGUCGCAACCGUCGAACGCCGCCUCAACGAAGAAGACGAAGCGCGCGAACUAGGCGUUAGAGUAACACAGGGUGUUUCUUCCCUCCGCGACGCCCACGAAGCCUGUCUCGAUAGCAUUCUCUUCGCCCUCUUGUUGCGGAAGCGUCAGCGCAAGAUCAUGGGCCUCGUCGAAGAGGUGUUUGAGCAUAUUUUACUGUUUGCCAAGAUGCAGAAUGCGGGGGCGCAGGAGGAGAGGUUUGGCGAUGAGACGGUCAAGGGGUUGUAUGCCAAGUUGAGGGGCAAAGUUAGGGUAUUUUUGAGUGUUUGUCGCGGGUUGACAGGGAAACAGGGAUAUGGGGUGGGGAGGGGGACAAGGGAGGAGAAUCAGAUGGAGAGGUUGGUUGUGGGUAUGGAGAUGAAUGGAUAUUUUGCCGCGUCUUAUCCCCCAGGAGGAUACUCGGGCUUCCCAUCCGGCCCCAAGUUCUCCUCCCCACUCGACCCCGUCCUAGCCGUAGGCUUAGUCUCCGUAACCGGUCUCGUCGGCUCACCCACGCCCUGCGGCUCCGGUGGCGUCUUCGUCCCCGGCCCUCCUCGCUUCUGCCAAUCAAGCCACGAGCCGCGGUACUCUCCCACAUUUACAUAUCUGUUGAAAAAGGCGUUAGCUGUUGGCCCUCUACACAUCCAUCUAGCCCUCCAUCCCCUUUCCCAGUAA